AUGAGGUAUCGAGUCACCCGAUUACCACAGUAUCUUAUUCUCCACAUUCAGCGAUUUACCAAGAACGACUUCUUCGUGGAAAAGAAUCCGACUUUAGUCUACUUUCGUGGGAAAGACUACAUCCCAGUGUCAAUCCCCAAAGAGAAUGAGAGUUUGCGUUCAAAGUAUGAUCUGAUUGCCAACAUUGUUCAUGAUGGCAAACCUGGUGAAGGUUCAUACAGGAUAUUUGUACAGAGAAAGUCAGAAGAAUUAUGGCAUGAGAUGCAGGAUCUACAUGUUUCAGAAACUCUUCCCCAAAUGUUUGCCCUUUCUGAGACUUGUAUGCAGAUAUAUGAACAGCAGCAGUAA